UUUAGGAGUAUAUUUCGUAAUUGGAAGAGCAGGCGGGAAAACGGUCAUUAAAAAUUUUGAACGUCCUCCCGUAUCCAUCUUUCAACUCCAUCUUUGCUACAGCUCCAAAUUUCAAUUCUAUUCCCAAAUCCCUUCUCACUGCCAGGAUUUUGCCAUUUUUUUCCACAAAUUUCAUUCAAUUAGACGGAACAACAACAAUUUAUCACGAAAUUCUAUUCGAAUCUCCAAACCCUUAAACCCUAAUUCAAUUUUUUAGGGUUCUAACUUCUUACUUCUACAUUUUACCCAAAUCCCACCACUUUUUUCUAUAGUUUUGAUAGCAAUGGGAGUAAUUUUUUGAUAGCAAUGUCAUUCUUUUAGGAAAAAGAUGGAUAACGAGAAUAGCAGCAGCAAAAUUCACACUGUUCAACCGCUGAGAGACCUUGAGUCUAAUUGGGGUGUCGAUCUUGUCAAAAGCCUCGAAGAUUAUCUUUUGAAGAUUUGUUCUGGUGAAAUUUCUUCUGGAGAUGAUUCUCAUUUCUCUGUAAAUUUCGCUGAAGCUGCUUUAUUGCUUCAAGGUUCGGUACAAGUUUAUAGUCGUAAGGUUGAGUACCUGUACAAUUUAGUGUUGCAUGCUUUGGAGUUUAUUUCUGAAUCAAGAUCGCAAGAUCAUGUGGAAAGUACCUCAGCUCAGCCCGAAGCGAGCUCAUCUCAUGCAGUUCAUGAUGAGGAUGAUCAGUUUUGGGUCUCAGAUGAUGUUCCUGUGGACGGGAAAAAUUGUCUGGAUAAUGCAGCAAGCAAAGACACUUCUUUUGAUCACGUUGUAAAGGCACCUGCUAACCUAGUUGUAAUUGAAGGCGAUUGCUUAGACUCCACCGAUGGUGGCGGAGAACUGGAAUCGUACCUGUUGGCCACAAACAAUCUCUAUCGUGAUUUUAUCCUCUUAGACCCGUGUGAUGCAGUAUCAGUUGAUCUGUUCCUGAAGGAUGAGAAAGCGGGUGACAGACAUCAUGGUGGCUGUAGAGGGACUUCAUUGAUUUCAAAAGCUCACAAGAGCUUCCUAUCUCCUCCCAGAAGCAAUGGAGGGACAGCACGCAAGUCAUCUAUGAAGAAAGGGUUGGAUGCUUCACCUGGUGGUGGUGCCAAUAAAACUCAAAAUGAUGACGAGGCUGGUCCUUUUCAUAAUGAUAUUCCUGAUAAUGGAAACUAUGGAUAUGGAUCAGAUGAUGAAAAUCAGCAUGAGGAUUUUGAUGAUUCUGAUGGUGAUGAUCCUUGGAAACCUUUGAAUCCCCAUGAACCUGGAAAUUUAAAAGUGAAGCCAUUCAAGAAAGUUAAAGUUCACAGAAAGAUUGGGUUGACGAGCAGAAUUAGUGUAGCUUCUCAAUUUCCUCUAGCAAAGCUUCAUGGAACAAUUAGUCCUGAGCUCACUGGUAUAUGGGAGAUGCACUUUGGUGCCCGUGAAGGGAAAGAAGAAUCCAAACCAGUUCCGUUGUAUGAAAAGUUGCGCCAAACACUUGCUGGCGGAGAUGCUAAACAAGAUGGCUUUUGCCCUCCCGUGAAUGGUGAUGCAGAAGAUGUAUCUGAUGACGAGAUCAAUGAUUUUGAAAAAACUGGUUUUGACAUGCCAGAUGUCAAUUAUAUGGAUGAACAAGAAAAUGUUGAGCCAAACUUGCAUGAUGCUUUUGCUGACCACUAUGGUGCUGACAAUGCUGAUUUAAAAGAGGAUCCAAGUUCUCAACUUAGCUUGGAGGAUCUCUGUCGUGCUCACCUGGAUUCCCUUCUUGCUAGCAUUGCUGAAAAUGAGAAACAGACCGAGUUGGCUGCUCGUGUUUCAUCGUGGAAACAGAGAAUUGAAGAUGACUUGGAGGAGGAAGAUUCACGUCCUCCAUUUGACAUACAUGCUUAUGGUGAUUGUGUUUUGGAUAAAUUAUCACUAGCUGAUGAUGAAAAUGUUUUGUCCUUUGGAGAUGUCGUAAAAGGACAAGAGAAACAUGAUGUUGCUCGGACUUUUUCUGCACUUCUGCAGCUGGUUAACGACAGAAAAGUUGAUUUAGAUAGAAGUGGUUCGACCAGCGAUUCUUUCUGCUACACAGCUACAAAUCCAUUUCAUGUCUGGCUUCUGACCAAUGCCAAGGGGCCAAAGAAAAUGCAAUUUCAGCUAUCCAAAAAGAGGAGAAAAUCUCCCAUUAAGAAAAGCGACAAAGGUCAUUUGAAAAAAGCUCCGUCAGUUGGCUCACCAUCAUCGUCUGGAUCUAAAUCAAGAGCUACAUUAUUGCAACCAAAUUGUAAAUUCUCUACGAAGCUGGAGAAGAAUGGACUGAGGUGCACUCCUGAUGGGAAGCGCAGGCGUAGAUCGCGAUUAGUUGAUUCAGUUGACUUGGAUUCAGCUCGAUAGUAAUGUUUUAUCUAGAUUAGCUAGGUACCCUCCGAGUAAAACGACUUUUAGCUUUAGAUUAGAUAACAAUGCCCCAUUGUUUCCUUAAUGUUAUUUCAGUUAUAGUAAUAACUAACUAGUAAUAUGUGUAAUUAAAGGUCAUUAGAGCCCAUGUAACAUCUUUUAUUGGCAAAUGUACUUGUACCUGCAUUUUUGUAUUAUAAAUGUAUCAUACAUUCUUUAGUUGCCACAUCUUUUAGCUUUUAUUGAUUGUUUCCAAAUUCCAACUCAGAGGCUAGAUUGUAAACUUGUUAAUUUUUUAUCCGUAAUAAAAAUAUAGCUGAAUCCAAUUAUAAAUAAUAAUUUUUAAAAACACAAAUUCUUGUGAGAGACGGUUUCU